UAAUAAAAUAAAUAAAAAUAACCCAACUGCAAGUUAACACGCCACCCUAAUUACCUGUUUAUCAGGUAAACAUACAAUUAAGACUAUUUUGAGAAUGUUACCCUAAUAGUUGAGAUUAUUACCGGAUAAAUAAUACUCGUAGUUGGGAUUAAAAUGGAAAGGUGAGAGGGGAGGGAAUAGUUGGAAUUAUUCUUAUUAAAUUUUCAAAAAAAAAAAAAAAAAAAAAAAUUGAAUAAAAUAAUUAAACAUAACCGAAACAACAAGAAUACAGGGAAGAAGAAGAAGAAGAAGACGACGAGAAAAAAGACAGAGAAAGCGAGACUUAAACUUAGGGAUGUACGGCGGGUCCCAUAAAUUCGCCCGAGGCGGCGGCGCUCGCGGUGGUGCUUCCGUUUCCAAGCGCAACUCCUUUCCUCCACCACCACCUCAACGCCCUUCCUUCGCCGCCCGACCUUCUCACUCCUCCCGCAAACCGCCGCCUCCGUCAUCGUCGUCGGCGUCUCCUGCGCCGGAAACGACGGCGCCGCCUCAAUCUGAGGAAUCCUUCACCCUUAUCCCCUGCAAUCCUCUCUCCUUCGCCGCAACCAUUCGUCUUGCUCCUGACCUCGUUGAUGAGAUCAAGCGCGUUGAGUCUCAAGGUGGUGCUGCUCGGAUUAAAUUUGAUUCUAACCCUAAUAAUCCUCCUGGCAAUGUUAUUGAUGUGGGUGGCAAAGAAUAUCGAUUUACGUGGUCGCAUGAAAUGGGUGGCCUUUGUGACAUCUAUGAAGAACGCCAGAGUGGCGAAGACGGUAAUGGUUUACUUGUUGAAUCUGGUUGUGCAUGGCGCAAGUUGAAUGUGCAGCGUGUCUUAGACGAGUCCACUAAGAAGCAGGUUAAGAAGAGAUCAGAAGAAUAUGAGCAGAAACUCAAAUCACGCAAGGCUAUUGUCUUGGACCAAUGCAAUCCCCCUAUGAAGAGUCAAAUGCAAGCAUUUGCUGCUGCAGAGGUUAAUCCAUGGAAGUUUAAACCCAAAAACAGGAGACUAUCUGAGCCAUCACAAGUUGGCGGACCUCCUAAACCUGUGAAGUCAACUACUGGAUCCUCCUUAACUGCUACUGCAAAGGGAAGGCGUUCAACUUCACCUCUGCCAUCACCUCAGAACCAGCCUGUUUCUGUGGCAUCUUCUUUAAAUAGAGGAAAUGCUACUGAAAGUCAAAUUGUUGCAGAGAAUUCAAUACCUAACCAAGCUAGGGAUCAGGAAAAUGCUGUCAGCUCUGUGAAUGAUGUCCCUGCCUCGGUUUCUGGCAGGGUGCCUGAAUCAGCAGUGCACAAAGAGAAUCAAGGAGCUGGAAUAUCGGAUCUACAGAACUACCUAGUAACAUUGCUGAAAGAGAAUCCAAAGGGGAUGAGCAUAAAGGCAUUGGAGAAAGCUGUUGGAGAUACAACUUCCCUCUCUGUUCGCAAAAUUGAGCCCAUUCUUAAGAAAAUUGCAACUUAUGAACCUCCUGGAAGAUACAUUUUGAAGUCGGCUGUGGAGCAGGAAAGCUUGAAGAAGUCAUAUUUUGAUAAUGGAAGUUCUGAUGACAAUAAUCAGAAGUUUGUUCCAGAAGAUAACCUUGUUGAAGUAUCAGCUCCAGACUUAAGAUUUGCAGAGAAGUCCCCAGCUAUGGAUGUGGAGGAACAGGUGCAAACUGUUGAUGAAGAGUCAAAUAUGGUUGAAAAAAUUGAUGCAUCACAACACUUUUCCGAUCUAUUUGGUUAUGAUGAACCCCCUGUCAACAAUGAAGGUCAAACAGUGAGAUCUAAUGACAGUAAAAGUGACAGUGAUAGUGAUAGUGGAAGUAGUGACAGUGGCAGUGAUAGUGCAAGCCGAAGUAGAAGUCCUGCAGGUAGUGGGAGUGCUAGUAGCAGUGAUAGUGAAGGUGAUGAUUCUUCUUCAGCAUCUGAUGUGGAUGUUGAUAUAAUAAGUGAUGAUGACAAAGAACCCAAGAAUUUACAAGGUACUGAACAAGAUGGAGGAAAUAUAGAUCAAGAUGGCUAUGUAUCUGAGGAUGUUGACAUUGGGACUGAUUUUCUUGAUGAUAAUGAAUCUCAGCUGGCAACAGUUCCUCAAAAUCUUGGUAUAAUUACUGAGAAAAUGAUAGCUUCUGAUCAUGAUCAAACUCAACCAUGUAAUAGGGCAGACGUGGUUACUGAGCAAGAAGAUGUUAUAGAUGAUAUUCAACCUGAGAAUCAUGACUUUGUGAAGUCUGGGGGUAAAUCUAAAAGAGGAUCCAAUGAGAUCCAGUUUGAGCAUGAUGCUGAUCAUGUCAAAAGAUUUAAAGCAAAUCCGACUCAGCCUACAGUUUCUAGGCAUAUUGAAUCACAUAACUUGGGGAGUUCGCCAAAUCAUUCUGCUGAUUUAAUGAGUGAAGACAUUCACGAGAGUCAUAACGUGCAAAAGCCAAAUCAGUUCAGCAUUGAUGAGGGUGCUAACACAAAUCUAGGCGUGCAGAGUGGAUAUAACUAUGUUAUUCCAGGAAAAUCUGCUGUGGAGUCCUUACAGUCUGGUCGAGGGCCUGCUGCACGUUUGGGGGUAGAUUCAAAACUACAGAAGACAAAUGAUUAUACACAACUAACACAAGAUUGUUUUUCAAAAUACGACAAGGGUUUCCGAGAGGCACAGGAUGAGGAAGAUAGUUCAAAUGAGAAAGCAAAUGGGAAGUUUAAAGAAAAUCCUCUUGCUCAGAAGAGCUCAGUACGCCCGGAGCCUCACCACAGAAAGCAUAGUGAAUGGGAUAAUAAGGCACAAUCAUUGGGAACUUCUUCGAGGUUACGCACGGGAUUCUCUUUGAAGGAUAAUGGCAAGGCUGAGUUUGACAGGUCUCCUGGUGGCAAAAGAUUGCUCCAAAGAGAACUAUCAGACCUGGAGUUGGGUGAACUUCGUGAUCCCUUGCCAGAGGAAUCAGAAGAGAGUAAAAGGCAGUUUGAAAGGAUAAGCUCCUUCAAGAAGUCAGAGACGAAAUCAGGCACCUCAGGUUCUCAGAAUCCAGAUUUGAGAAGCAAAUCCACAGGCAAGCCAGUCAUAGAGUCCGGUAACACCUCCUUCCCAAAUGCAAGAGGAGCUCCAAAUAAUUCUGACAGUUUGUCAAAGAUAAGGUCUCCAGAACCUUAUGUUGAAGAUGGUUCCCGUCCUCAUGGGGAUUUGCAAUCUCAGCUACAACAAUCAAGGAGUGGUCAUGCUGAAGUUGGGUCUUUUUCCAACAAAGCCGUGGAUCGUAGCAGAUUGGGGCAUAAUGCGGAUGUUGCUAAUCAAGAAACUGAAGUUGAAGGCUAUGGAGUAACACACAAAAAAUCUCACGUUCAUUCACAACGAGAAGACUCCCGACAAGAAAUGGGUUCACGCAAGGGGAGAGGAAAUAAGUCAAGAAAAUCUAACAUAAUAAAAUCUGCUAGUGAUUUGACCAAAAAGAAAAAAGAUGCUAGUGAUCUGACCAAAAAGAAAAAAGAUGCUAGUGGCAGAAGAAGAGAUGUUCCGAAUACCCAAGGUGGUAUUAAUAAGCGCAAAAGGAGUGAGUCCUUUUCAGAUGAUUCAUUCUACAAGUAUGAAAAGGAAGAGCCAGAGCUCAAGGAACCGGUUAAAAAUUUCUCACAGUAUAAUGAAUAUGUGCAAGAGUAUUGUGAGAAGUAUGAACCUUACUCUUCCCUGAUCAAAAUCUUGGAGAGAUACAGGAUGGAAUUUCAGAAGAUGGGGAUGGAACUUGAACGUGCAAAAGGUACUGGAAGAUAUGAUGAAAUUUUGGCACAAAUAAGAGAAAGCUUUCGCCGGUGUGAAAUGCGGUAUAAACGACUGAAGAAAAUAUUUCUUGUGCUUCAUGAAGAAAUGAAGCAUCUUAGGCAGAUGAUUGAAGACUUUUAUUUAGACUAUAAUAAGGGUAGAAUUUGACUACUAAGAUCAAUCAUCAAGUUUUCCAUGUUCAAACCCGGAAAGCUUCAUAAAUUAAGGUCGUGAAUUUAUAAGGUCUGUUGCCUUAAUUGUGCACCCUGUAAUUUUUAUGUAGAUUAUUCUCAUGAACAUAAUAGCACUGCUGUUGGAGCACUAGGAAUCUUAGAACUGGGGUAUAUGGUUGAAGAUGACCUGAGCAUGGACAUUAAUUGGCAUGCUCAAUUGUGGGUUUUGCGCCAUUGUGUUGGAGCCUAGGAGAGGAAGCUUAUAACGUUUAAAGCUGUAUAGGUAGAAUAUAUGUAAUAGGAUGAACAAAAAUUACUGAUUUUUUUCAGAGAAGCUCUCAUUUUCCCUCAUUUUUUGUUCUUAAUGGAAAUAAGCAUAGCCAUUUUAGUUUA